CCUUCUUGGAGAAGACGACCAAGAUUCCGAAUAUAUUUUCCCCAAGAUUUCCCGUUCGCCAUGGCCUCAUCGUCCGCCGCCGCUCUUGAGAUUAUCGACGACGACGAUCUGUGAGAGAGAUCGAUGUGGCUUGUGAGGCCAAUGGCGUCGCCCUUCCCGUCAAUGGGACAAUCGCUUCGUCUUCUGAUGGAGUUGCGACAUCGACUUCGACUUCCAUCCCAAAUAGGAAAACGCUCAAAACCCCUAAUGGUGGUGGCCUUGCGUCUGGGAAGCAGUCGACUCUUGAUAUGUUUAUGGGAUUUCCGCCGAAGGCUAAGAAGGCAGAAACCGAACCCCACAAUCCAAACGGCGUUGGAGUCAGAAAAGAGGAGUUUGGUAAUGAGGUGGAUGACAGGGUUUGCUUCGUUCCACUUGAUUUGAAGGCAGCCAAAACUUGGAUUUAUCCAGCAAAUCUUCCCCGUCGGGAUUAUCAAUUCGAAAUCACGAGGACUGCACUAUAUUCCAAUACCUUAGUGGCAUUACCUACUGGGCUUGGAAAAACAUUCAUCACUGCGAUUAAUUUCUUGCAUGUGAUUAAGUACACAUUGCAUGUGAUUAAGUACACAUUGCAUAUAAUUAUUUAGGUGGUUUCCAGAAGGAAAAAUAGUUUUUGCAGCUCCUUCUAAGCCCCUAGUUUUGCAACAGAUUGAAGCAUGCCAUAACAUUGGUUGUUGGGUAAGGUACUGGGUAGGGAUUUUGUUUCUUACUUUGGGGAUUGCACCUGAUUUUGGGUUUGGUUUUGGGUUAGGUUCUAGGUUGACUUUUAACUUUAGUGUUUGACAAUCAAAUUUGCGUUAGGUUUGCGGGUCCAAUCCGUUGGAUUUUAAUUUUUAGGUCAGACUCUAGGUCGUGUUUUGAGUUAAGGCAAUUGCGUUUUACUGUCUUGUUUUUUGUUGUAGUUCUAAAUACUAUCAAAUUGUAUGAGCAGCAGGACAGAUUUACUUCAACGACAGACAACAUAGUAUACAACGAAAUCCUACAACACAAACGGUA